CAGAUUGGGUGCUUCGCCGUCCUCGCCAUUAGCCGGUACAGGGAAGCUGUAGGAACCGUGAGCGUGAUCCUCUGGCAGCAAUGGCAGUUUCGGCGUUGGUGGCACGGACCUGGCUUGGCAUGUGGGGCGUGAGGGCUAGGCAAACCCGAGGCUUCGGCUCGGAUCAGUCCGAAAAUGUCGACAGGAGCUCGGGCUCGAUCCGGGAAGCCGGUGGGGCCUUCGGAAAGAGAGAACAGGCUGAAGAGGAACGAUAUUUCCGAGCGCAAACUAGAGAACAACUGGCAGCUUUGAAAAAACACCAUGAAGAUGAGAUCGGUCAUCAUAAGAAGGAGAUUGAGCGUCUGCAGAAAGAAAUUGAGCGGCAUAAGCAGAAGAUCAAAACACUAAAACAUGAUGAUUAAGUGCACACAGUUCCUUCUAGAAUGGCACAUAUAAUUGUCCACUUCUAUGUAGACAUAGUUCUGCUUUAAUUAAUAUCUGUCUGUGUGCUACUAACAUUAUAAUAAAUUGUCAACAGUGAA